AUGACCGGGAGCCCAUUGACUGCGGUGAGGACAACUUUCGAAUGGUCAAAAACGGAGCGCCUAGACGAGACGGAUUUUCAUAUCAGCACCAUCUUUUGCCUCAGUGAAUUCAUUCCUAGGCUCUGGGACUUAAAUAUACCCGGUGGCUAUUGUACACGUCAAGGGUUCAACAAGGUGCUUAUAAACUUUGAGGGGAAGGAGACUAUGAUCGGUCGAGGGAUCAAACGAGAUUACUUGACCCAGGGGAUAUUAGAUGGAUAUUAUGAGGCGAUCAAGAACAACCGGUAUAAAGGUCUCAAAGUCAAGAUCUACGACCGUCAGCUUGUCGGAACUGUGACCUUCUCAACACGAAGAGGGCCCCUCGAAGAUUCAAAUACCACGUCGAAUAUGACAGCUGGUAUUUCGUCCAAUAUCCAAACUUCGAAGCGUUCAGAAGUCAUUUCACCUACCCUCACCGCUCCGAUGCAAAGAUCUCUUAACAGCACCGAUUUGAGUGCACCUGAAUUCUCUAUCGACAUGACCCCUACGUCUGAAACGGGUCUUUCGCUUCGCGCUCUUUCAGCUACUAUCGCUACAUUCUACGACUCCGUAUCAAAGCGACGUGAGCCCCUCGACGCGCUAAGACUCUCAACUUUCAAGCUGUCCCCAUUCCAACGGCCACGCCAGGGCUUCACCGUCACUAUACACGGAGGCAAUACUCCCGAAGUGCCCAAACGGACAGAAGAGCCAUACUUCACAACACUUAGCGUGGUGAAGGGGAUGUUCGAAAUCAUGGAGCGCUGGGUUACUGGUGAACAGGGCAGCGAGUUCAUGAAUGACGGGAAGUUCUGGAAAAGCAUUGUGCAAGAGAGCGGAGUGCCGUUGGGAGAGCUGUGGAUGGUGGAUGGUUUUUACAUAGGAGAAGAUGGUAAUAAUAGUCAACAGAAAGAUUCCGCAUCUCUGAACUACACAAGAGGAAGGUAG